AUGACGCAAAAAAAAGAAAUUAAUACAAAGUUUCAAGUGAUUGAUACAGAUCCUCAUUUUUUUAGAGUUAUUCGAUAUGCUAGACCAUCAGAUUAUCUUAUUUUUAUAGCAGGGACAAUAGGCUUUCCUGCCGGAAUAUUUCUUAUGGAAAAAUGGUCACCAUCUAUGAACCAAGCAAAACUAAUACCAGGGCUUCGACUAGGAUGCUUUCUAGGACUAUGUGGGGGUUUUUUAUUAGCAUAUCAAAGAUCAAGCUUAAGGCUUUGGGGAUGGAGAGAGAAUAUACGAGAAAUUGAAAUGGAUAAACUAGAAAUGCAGAAAAAAAAAGCAGAAGAUAUACCGUUAUAUGGAAAAUCAAGACUCUCAGAAGAUAUGCAAAAAAUUGCCGCACAAAAUUCAAAAUAUUCAGCCCUUAAAUUUUCAUUAUUUCCAUGGUUCAAUUUAGUUAACCAUAACGACCAUGGUAUUGAUUCUUCGAAAUAUGAAUAA